CUCUACUACUGCGAGUAGACCUCACCUUGAGUGACGGGCCAGACAGCCAAUCCCCGCUUCCAACUGCCUCCGGUCAGCCAACCAGCAGGGGCGGUGCCCGGUUCCCUGUACCUCAGCAGAUAGUAGGCCGAGUGGUGCAGCUGGGUUCGGGGAAUAAGUGGCGGUCGCAUCGGGGUUGUCAGGACGUUGAAUGUGUGCGGUGUGACGGGAGCUGCUCGCAGCUCCCAUCUAUCAGUUGACUGACCAGGUCAUUUAUGGAACAGCGACUGUGUUAGCUGCGGUGUUUGGAGUCCUGUUGAAGACUUAACUACUGUGGUACUAUCAACUUUAUGGGUCGGGGAAAUUUUAUGAAGAUUGUUGGCCCAUGGGAUUUUAGAUCUGUUGAAGAUGUUAAAAUGAGGCAAGGAGGAAUUUGUCAAAGGAUCCACGAUCUCUGCUGUGUUUCAUCCAGUAUAAAUUCUAGCUGAUUACUGUCUUGGGAUACACAUGAGACAUUGUCCCCUCCGACCUGAUGGUGUGACUAUUGUCAUGAAGUCACACCAGCCUUUUCUUCUCAUACCUUCCUUCCUGUCUCCUGGAUGGGAUGUAUGAAUUGUAGGUUUUGGACCUCGUAAUGAAGAUUUUAAAAAUGUUUGUUUUCUCUGUGAGAAGAGUCAGCCUGUGGACAGUCUGUGCCUUCGCCAUCAUUCACCUGCUGCCUGUAGAUGCUGACAUAAAAGCCUAUACAUCUGACAAUGUGUCCAAAAUAUUUGAGGAUCUUCCAGCAAGGUUUGGCUACAGACUUCCCAGUGAUGGAUUAAAGGGUUUGUUGGUAACGUCCAAGCCAGAAAAUGCUUGUGAACCAAUCUCCCCUCCGCCGUUGCAAAUGGGAAACGCAUCCAGUGUCUACGUGGUGCUCAUCCGGAGACUGGAAUGUAACUUUGAUAUUAAGGUGUUGAAUGCACAGAGGGCAGGAUACAAGGCUGCUAUCAUUUACAAUGUGGACUCUGAUGACCUCAUCAGCAUGGGAUCCAAUGAUGUUGACAUUCUAAAGAAAAUUGACAUUCCAUCGGUGUUUAUCGGGGAGUCUUCAGCACGGAUUUUGCAGGAAGAAUUCACCUGGGAGAAAGGUGCAUAUCUUGUGUUGAUCCCUGAAGUCACCCUGCCAUUGGAGUACUACUUGAUACCAUUCCUAAUUAUAGUUGGAAUCUGUCUGGUGCUAAUUGUUAUUUUUAUGAUCACCAAGUUUGUGCAGGACCGGCACAGGGCACGGAGGAACAGGCUGCGCAAAGAUCAGCUGAAAAAACUCACAAUUCACAAAUUUAAGAAAGGGGAUGAGUAUGACGUGUGUGCAGUCUGCCUGGAUGAGUAUGAGGAAGGAGAUAAGCUACGGAUAUUACCCUGCUCACACGCCUAUCACUGCAAGUGUGUUGAUCCAUGGUUAACCAAGACGAAGAAGACUUGUCCAGUUUGCAAGCAGAAGGUGGUCCCAUCCCAAGGAGAUUCCGAGUCUGAUUCAGACAGCAGUCAAGAGGAAAAUGAGGCUUCUGAGAAUACGCCGCUGCUCCGACCUGUUGCGUCUGCCAGCACUCAGUCAUUUGGGGCCAUAUCCGAAUCUCGGUCACAGCAGAGCAUAAUACAAUCAUCAUCUGAGGAAGAGGAUGAUGAUGAGGAUGAUGGCGGUGAUGAUGAUGAAAGUGAUAGCAGUGACGAAGAGCACAAUACAGAAAGUGUUGUGGUCCAGCUGCAGCACAGCAUGGAACGGGACACCAGGGAAAGGAAUACUGUGUGAUCAGAGGUUGGCAUAACAUUUGGCUGCAUUACAGUCGUGAGAAGACUUGCUACUUGCUUGUCACAGUCAUUUAUGAUUAUAGACUAUACCGUAGGCCGAAAAAAUAUAUAUAUAUAUUUUUUUUUAUAAUUUGAAAAAAAGUCACUAGCAAUGGACUAAGUGCUGCCUACUAUCAGCUGCUGAGGCUGCAACGCUAAUUAAAAAGAUAGUACUUCAAUAUAUGAAGCUGCUAGGUAACAAAUGCUUUAGUACUUUCUGGGCACUGGGCACAAGACGUGGAUGUGACCCCAGCAAUGUGUGCAUGUCCCGUUUCUUCCCCUAUCCUGUAUCUGCUACUUAAUGGACUCUAAUCUUCUGGCCUCAUGAAGGCAGAUUAGCGGUGCAGUAUUUAAAUGUAUAUGUUUUGCUAUGCACAUUGGACUUGUACUUUUAGAGAUGGCUUUACACUAUUAUGCAGACGGCAGUAUGCUUUACGGUUAGGUUACAUGCUGCUGAGAUACGGCACACAUUGCCACCAUCACCAUGUACAGUGCCAGUUACACUGAGUCACUGAUGCCACUACACCUAGUAACUGUGUUCUUACCAAAAGAAGGAAGGAACCAUAAUGAUAUUGUAAGUAUUUAUAAUGCAGCUUAGUGAUUUGCUGCCACAGCUACACGUAUAAGCCAGCGCUUACAUAAAGAUAUAAAGUAUUUUGUUCAAACUGUCACUGAACCUCUCUGGUAGGGAGUAUAUUUUAUGGUUCUCAUCUUUGUAUAUUUUCUCUGGAUAUAUAUGCACUAUGGGCAACGGCUUAUAAAUAUUCAUGUACCUAUCCACUGUACUAUGAAGAGCUAAACAUUACUGUAUCAAUGUAGAAAGUAAAUAUACUUGUGUAAAGUUAAAUCAUUUUUAUAACAUAAAAUUAAAAUAAAAUCUGAUUCCCCACCUGA